AUGCCAGGUCCAACCACCAGUGGCACUAACGUGAGCUCCUCCUAGCAAAGCCCUGGCCCUGGGGCAGCAGGAUCCACUGUCCCGCAGAGGAAAAAGGGCAGCUGUGGAACAAGGAGCACAGGCCAUACGACCUCAACAAGCACUGGUGGAGGGUGGCAAUUCUACACAGAAGAUUCCCAGGGGCUGAAAGUUGGCCCUGUUCCAGUAUUGGUUAUGAGUCUUCUGUUCAUCACUUCUGUAUUUAUGCUGCACAUUUGGGGCAAGUACAUGCGUUCAUAG